GAAAAGAAACUUUCAAAAGAUAAGUACACACAUACAGUGUACACUGUACAUAUUUCUACAGAUCUCUGCACUGGCAUAUAUUGUAGAGUUGUUUGGUUGAGGAAUAAUUGAUGAUGCUUGAAGGAAGACAAGAAAAUGGACAUUGAUUGACCAGGAAGACAUGUCCUUGACCUAUUUCAUCCUUUAGACUGUGCACGGCAAAAUGAACUUGUGCAUUUUGCUGUCACUGGUUGGCGAAUGGUUGACAAAUUUUGCAGAUCCAGGGACUUUCUUGUUAGUUAGGUCUUUUAGGAUGCCACGGAAAAUAAGCCAAACAUUACUAGAACAUUUUUACCCGAAUCCAUUAAGGUACAUAUAACAUAAGAUGUAAAGAUUGAAUUACUUGUGACAUUGAAGAGAAAGUAAAGCCCUCAAAAUUUUUUUUGAGUAAAACAGAUAAAGUUUUAUCUGUUUUAUGUAGACUUUUACCUAGAGUCUACAUCAAUAAAUGCGAGAAGAAUGCAAACCAGAGUUUGUUCAAGGUAUUUAAAUGCCCUCAUUGUGAAUUGCCUGUUGACUUUACACACGCACACAAUUGUAAUAUGUCCUGUAAUCUGUGAAGAUAAACUAAUUGGAUAAAACAAAGACUGAGCUAGAUGUGUAUUCUUUUGUGUAAUGUGUUAAAUGCUUAACCAUGCAGUGUUUGCCAGUUCAAAAUAUGAUAAUGCAACAUAAGCACUCUAGGUAUCCUCUUACGCCAGUAAUUGUCAUUUAAACUGAAAAUUCCAUUUCUUUUACGAAAAUGCCAUUUAAAUAAAUGGGGGUUUAAAACAAUAUGUCAACUGGUAUUUAACCAUAAAUUUUCACUUAUUGAUCCCUUUGAAUUUUCAAGUUAAAACAGAUUAUUGUGACAAUUCACGUAGGUAAUUUCAAGAGGUAAAAAAAUUCUGGAUAUUAGACAAAGAAUAGAUUGGUGAUUAUCGGGUUUAUGUGGCUUUAUAAGUCUUCUCUUAGCUCAAGAGCUGUGAUAUAGAUAUUUGUAUACUCAAUGCACAGAAAUUCCUUGGCACGGUAUUAAGCUCCUACAGGAUGUGUAACGAUUAAUCUCUGAAGAUUUUUGUGUUGGAAUGAAAUUUGCUGACAUAUUAAAUCUAGGACUAAAAAUGUGAAGCAAGUAAAGUGAUCCUGAUUUGAGAGAAAUAGAAAAAAGAUCGAAAUGGAGGGAAACUUAUUGUUAAGACAAGGUGGAUGAGUAAGUGGAGAGAUGGAUGUGGAGGAUGUUGAGGAUGUGGAUCAGUACAUCGCUCAGCUGAGGGACGUGUUUGAUAGCUGUGACAUCUAUGACCAGGGCUACCUCAGUCGCAGCGAACUCCUGGCUCUGUGUCACAAGUUACAGCUAGACGACCAGGCGGAAGACAUAGUUAACCAUCUCACAGACAAUGCACAGUGUGAACAGAUUGACUUUGAACAAUUUAAAGACAAUUUUGUGAAGAUCCUCUGUCAGUCCGCUGUGGAAAGAGUAGAACAGCAGAAUGAUGUUUCCCUCACUGACAGUGUUCAUGAACAAUUCAUGGAUGCAGACCAGUUUGAAGAUGCAGAUGAAGAAGAGGAAGAGGAAGAGAGCGAUGAUUUAGUGGAAGAAGGGGGUAGAGAGUCGGAGGAAAAUCCACAGGAAAUGCCAGGAUUUGAGAAACAUGAAGAAGAAGAUACGAAGGAGCAGGAAUUUAUUGCGACGUCUUUUGAUUUGUUGGACUUGCAAGAAGAGGAGCUCUCACCAAAGUUUGUUAUGGGGAACAAGAAAUACGGCAGAAGAUCGCGUCCAUUCGAGUCCAAGGAUUUUGAGGAGCUGAUGAAAUUAACCACAGAGAAUGAGAGUGCGAAUCAUUCCAAUCAUACACAGGCAGAGAAAGUCGUCCCUGAACUUGACAGAGUGUGCAAGAGGCCCCCGUUACCUCCAAAGAAGGGGAAACAGCAGAAAGACUCCCAAAAGAUAAUAGACGAUGAAGAGGCUGGGGACCAGGGCUCGACACCCCGGGAGGAAGACAGAGAAGACAAAGAAGAGGAAGAAGAAUCAGACGGAGAGAUGGAGAAAGAGAUGUUUGAAGCAGAAGGACAAAUGAACUUGAACAUGUCUGAACUGGAGCAAGCACAAGAGAUGAGCGGAACUGAGGAGUAUCUACGCAACAUCUGGAAGACCUUAAAUGUGGGACUAAAUGGCUAUAUUACUUCACAGGAGCUGGGCCAAGUCUGUGAUCACAUUGGCAUGGAAAUGAACAAAACUGAGCUGCAGCAAUUGUUUGACAGACUUGACACAGAUAGUGACGGACGCAUCAGCUUCGAUGACUUCGUGGGCGGUGUCUUCCAACACAACAGCGGUGGUGCCUCUUCUGGUCAGUCUCGGAGUAGGGUGGGCACCCCACGCUCCCUGACCCCCAGGGCUCACUCUGCCCAGAAGAAGUUCCGAGCCUCGGCGCAAGGGGCAGAGGAGCGAACAACCCCAUCCCUUAUUAGUGGAAGUGGGUCAUCCGGACUGUUUACUGUCCUAGAUGAUGAACAUACAGGGUUUGCUAUGCCAGACAGCAUAAUUGAUUUGUGGGAAAAGUACAAUGUUACAAAUGGUGCUGAUAUUAUUCUUGCCCUGGGCUUUGAUUUGGUGACAAGGAUAAACCUCUGUGACCUCUCCUAUCUUCUGGAACAAGAAAUGAUGGCAGCAGAUGAGGAGAAUGCCAUAUUUCAAGCUGCAUUUGCCUCCUAUCAACAGGAAAUCAUACAUCUGAAAUCUUCUCUAGAGCAGCAAGUCUGGGCUACAGAAAAACUUAAGCAGGAUUUGACAGAAGCUAAUGCUCGGAAUGCACUUUUGGCCAAAGAAGUGGAUGAGAGACACCUGCAAAUUGAGCAGUCCACAGAGAAGAAACUGAGUUCCAUAGAGAAGAAAUACCAAGAGCAGUUAAAGGUCCUCCAGUCUGAGCUGGAACAGGAAAGGGGACAGAACAGCACCCUGAGGAACAGACUGGACUCAGAGAAAGAGAAGAUUGAGGAGGAGGAGAAAUCUCUGAGGCUCAGGCUGAUGGCCAGUCAAAAGGAUAUGGAAAAAAUGGAGAGAGAGAUGAUUGAGACUAGUGAGAAGCUGGCAGAGAGCGAGAAGUUAAACUCAAAGUUACAGAAAGACUUGGGAAGGGUCGUAGAACUACAACAAAAGUGGGAGGAGUAUGAAGCCUCAGACCUGAUGACGCCUGACCAACAAAGGGCUCACUUGGACAAACUCACAAAAACUACCUCAGAAAACCAGAAACUCAAAGACAUGAAUGACGAGCUGACAGCCCAGGUUCUCGAGCUUCAACAGCAGGUCCACAGCCGCAAUAAAAGUGAGCACUCGGGCAGCCAGACCCCCCACUUUGGGUCACGUAUCCCCAUCAGGGAGGGGUCCUUCUUGUCAGACUAUGUUAAGACCAAGCGAGGAGUUCGCUCCUCAGUGUCCUCAGAGAACUCGGAGGACGAGGGCCUUCACAUUCCUAAUCACCCAGGGCGGGUACGUCGACGGCUCCCUCCAGCCCCUGCUGAUGAUGACGACACUUGCAGUGUGAGCAGCAUUCAGAGUGACAGGGACUACAUUGAGAUCCUGAAGAAGGAAAUCACCGACCUGAAGAUCCACCAGGAGCGGGAGAAGAAGGACCUGGAGCUCAGUCACAGAAGCGAGAUCCUCCUGCUGGAGGAGAAGUUCCAGGCCGAAAAAGACCAGCUGCAACAGAAGUUUAAGGAGGAACAGGACAAACUUCUGAAGGAAAAUGAAAAGAAUCUGCAGAUGGAUUUCCAAGCGAAAUUGGAGGAGACUGAAAGGAAAUACACUGCUGCACAGAAAGAGAUGGAGGAAGAAUUUCAGCAGGAAAAACAAAAAAUUAUAGACCGGUUACAAGAGGAAUAUAAAACCGAACUGCAAUCCCAGAUCUCACAAAUAGAGAGUGAGCAUCAGAGGGACAAAGACUUGGAAAUGAAAUUGGCCUGUUCUAUGGAGGAAAUUCAGAAGUUGGUGCAGGAAAAAAAUGACUUGCAAGAUCAACUGACUUUCCAGAAGGAAGAGAUCCUAGCCGAGUAUGAGCAAGAACAGUGCGAGCUAAAGAAUGAACUCGAGUCCACUCUUGUGGGAACUGAAAGUGCAAUAAAACAAUUAGAGAAGGAGAAAGUGCAAUUGUCCACAAAAAUAGGUGAUAUGUCAAAACAAUUUGAAUUGGAAAAGUUAAAAAUUCAGGAGGAUUUUGAAAGGGAACUUCAAAAACAAGAAAAUGAGUACCGACGAGACUUACAGGAUUUUGAAAAUAUUUUUGCUCAGGGAGAAAUUGGCCUGAAAGGGAAGUUAAGGGAGGACUUUUAUGAGCUUCUGGAAAAACACAAGACAGACGUAAUGAAAACUCAGAAGGAGGCCAUGAUGAAAGAUCUGCAGAAGGAGAGACUGUCCAUGGAGAAAGCCUUUGCACAACAGAAAACUCAAAUGGAUAAAAGUUAUGAGAGAGAGAAAGAAGAACUUGUGAAGAAGUAUGAGGAACAGGUGCAGUUUCUACGGCAACAACUACACAACCUGGAGGACAAAAUGGAGUCUGAAAGGGAGGCUCUGACCAAGAAGUUCCAGGAUGACAGGGCGGGGCUGGAGGAGGAGCUAGCGUGUGCCAUUAGGGAGGAGUUAAAGAGACACAAAGAAAGGCAGAGAAGGAUGGCAAAGCAGGACGAGUAUGUGAGUCAAAUGGAGAAGCUACAAGAAACCUAUAAUCUGGAGAGGAAACAGCUGAUGCAGCAGAAUAACCUCUUACAACAGGAGCUGGACGCCAUGUUUAACGAAUUCAACAAAGAAGCCAAAACCACCAAAAAAGUGGAUGAACUCAACAGAACCAUCACAGCUCUACAAAAGGACAAAAUAUUGGCUGAGAAAGCCCAGGCAGAGCUUCAGAAGGCUCUUCAGAUGACAAAAACUGCAAUGGAAAGUCGCAUUGCUGAGAUUGAUGAAGAGAAAGCAAGUGCAGUUAAUGCAGUGAAGAAGGAAAUGGUGCAUGCAUCGAUGGAAGCAGGAAAACAGAAGGCUACAUUAGAUGCAGUGAAUAGGGAAAAGAAAAUCUUAGAGAAAUCAGUCGAAAAAUUACAAAAGGAAAAUUCUGAACUACAAAAAGAAGCUGGCAAAAACUCUGAAUUACAGGAGAAGAUAGCUAAAUUAGAAGAAGAAAACAGGUCUCUUCUUGAUGAAACUCGUAAACUGAAGUUCCAGUUGGAACAGUUCCAGAACACAGUUAUACCAGCGCAUGCCCAGCAUGUGAUUGACAAAUUACAAGAACGGAAUACGUUCCUUGAGGAAAAACUGUCGACAAUACAACACAAACUGCUGCGGGUGGAUGAUACGGUCGAUAAGCUGGCCCAUCCCAAGAAUGGAGCUAGCCUUAAUGGCCAUGAUGAAUCCAGCAAGAUACUGGCGGAGAAGAUGGACAGUCUGACAGCUCACGAAACGAACGAGUCCGCCAAUCACCUGUACAAAGAAAAGGAGAAGAUGCAGGCCCUUCAGUUGGAGAAAGAAAGACUUGAAGAUGAGCUUAGGAAAGUCACUCACAUGUUGGAGGAUGCCACCAGUGAUCUUGCCAGGUUCCGCUCCCAGAAUUCCCAUCACCUCGGGACUCGUUCAGGAAGUCCCGUCGACAUCGAGAACUUCACCAAGUUACAGAUCGACCUGGUGGAUCAGCAGAGACAGCUCCGGGAACUGCAGGAGUUCAUGGACAACAAGGAGAACGAGAAAAGUCGAAAUAUCAGAGUGAAAGAAAAUGAACAUAAAAAAUUGAUUAAGCAUCUAGAGGAAGAAAAGACCAACUUGACAAGAAAACUCAAACUGACUCAAAAGAUGCUGGAUGAACAGCUAGAGAAAAUCAAUGCUCAUUAUGCAGAUUGUGAAAAGAGGAACAUCUUGGUGGUGGACCUAUACAAGGAGAACUCAGACCUAAUGGAGGCGCUGUACCUGAUGGAGGAGAGAAAGAAGGAUGCGGUCUCCCGCUGCUACAAGCUGGAGGACCAGUGCAAGGUGCUCAGGGUCAUGCUCAAGAAGGUCUGUCAUGUGGCCAUCACAUGACCCGGUCACAUGACUCGUUAAACAGAGGCCACAUGAUCCGUUAAACAGAUGACACAUGCAAACUAUGUCUGAUAUGCAAAAGGAAUGAACAAAGAUGGUGCUAAUUUAAGGCACACUGGAGUGUAUGGCCCUUGUGGCUGUAAGUUUGAACCUUUUCCUUACAAAUGCAGCUGUGUUUUAGAAUACAAGACAUGUUUCUACUGCAUCAAUCAUUCAAGGUGCUCUAACACUGAGACAAGAAGUGCUUAGAAUAUAAACUCCUCACGACACCAGCUUUUGUCAGUGACCUGUGCUGAUGGCCCCACUUCUCCUCGCAGGGAGAGUGCUGGAGGGAAUUCACCCUGUGGUUUUGUGAUGAUGAGGAAGAUGAUGAUGAUGAUGAUGAUGAUGUGGAUGAUGUUGAUGAUGAUAUCCGAUGGUACAGAAAUCCAUUAGAUCUUUAAAAGAAUACUUGUGCUAAAAUGAAUUUUUAUUUUAUGUUCCACAUUUAUGUAAUGUAUGAAUGGUGUGGUUUUGUUUGUGUAUGAAAUGUGCGAAUUUGGAAUUGCACAAAAAUAUUAAGAAUAGUUUAUGGUUAUGCAACAUAUUUGAAAUGUUGUGGGGUUUUAAAUGAAAGAGCAAAUGUGGUGAUGGAUUUUUUUUUAUUGUUAAAAAUGUUCUUUAGUGACUUUAAAUGUUUACAAAUGUUAUCAGGGAUUCCCUGAUACAGACUGUAACCUAUUCAUGUUAGUGCAGAUUUUUUAAUUAAAGUCAUAUAUAAAUAGAACUCCAUUUAGUUGAAAGUGCAAGCAUACAAGUCAUCUUUUCUUUCAUCUAUUUUUAAAUUUGUUUGAAGUUCGAAAAUAUGAAUGAAAACUAAUUACAAAGAGAGGGAAAAAUUAGGGCAGUAUUUAUUUGUCAGCAGAUACAGGGUAUAAGUGUAUUGAGUUGUCAGCUAUACAUGUAUAUGUGCUAUAUAUAUAUAUUUAUAAAGUGCCAAAACAUUGUCAUUUAUUUUUAGGAGUUCAAUUCUUGAAACAUAUUCAUUACAAUGUCUAGACCUAUUUCAAUCAAUAAUUAAAUUACUUAAAGCAAUUAAUCACUGCAAGAUUAAAAUGUUUUGAAGCUGAUUUUUUUUUAUCAUUUGAAGUAAAUUUUCCACCAGUAAGUUAUUACAAAAAUCAAACUACAUGUCUUCCAACUUUUUGGGGAAGAGUUUUACACCACCCCACAAAUAUCAGUCCUAUGACAACUUUAUCUGCUAUUCCAUAUACAGUAUCUAAAAAAGGUCACAUGAUAUGACAUGUUAUAGUAUUGAAUACUAUUCUAAUAUAUAGUUUUAUUUUAGAAAUUCUUAAUUUUAAUGACCUGUUCUCAUAUUGUCCAUCCAAAAAAAAAGUCAUACUUAAGUGCCCUACCUCCUGUCUGUGAUAUUGUGGAUGCUGAGGGGAAUGGGGAACUCUGCAAUCAUUCCUGACCAAUGUCUCCAUUGACUGUGAUACAAUACAGAACUACAUGUACUGAUUAUAUCAUGUUAUCUACUGUACAUCAAUACUCUUAAAAAGGGACUUGUAGCAUUCACACAAAUCAAGUGAAUUACCGUAUGAUGAAUUUUAUAAACUUUUGAUUACAAAUGCAAUUGGCAAUAAAACAUGAGAAAAAU